AUGAGAUCUGACGCUCCACCUUUUCAACCAAACAAUCAGAACAACAGAGAUUUACCUCUUCCACAACAACAACAAAAUGUUUCUCUUCAACAACAUCUAGGAUCAUCAAAGAUAAAGUUUAUCUUUGAAAAAAGAAUAGAUAGUAUUAAAGAGUUGGAGAGAUCGUAUGAUGGUCUCAAAAUUGAAGCAAAAGGGGAAAGAUUAGACAUUACAGUUGCAGUUGGUGAAGAUGAGACUAUCAAACAACAGGUCACUCAACAAGUAGUUGGACUAGUUAGUGAUUGGGGUUCUGAAACAAUCCAUCUUUACGAUGUAUACAAAGAUGUGGCAUUGGUCAUAGCCAAUCGUUUAGAGACUCGUAAUGCUACCGAUAAAUAUGUAACAUUUAUCGUAGAGGUUACCCAUUCAAUUGAAUUUAAUCAAUUAAAGGAUAUCACCAUCUCAUUCCACGGUAUCUCUUCUCACGUCACUAGAAUCAAGGAUCAAAUCACUCGAUCGAUGGUACCUGUUAGUAACCCUCCUACAACAUCGUACCAAUCACUCUUGUCAUUGAUAUCGUCUGGUGUAAAGGUUCAACAAUCGAUUGAAAACUCCAAUGCCUUUCUUCAAGACAAAGUUAACUCUUUUACGCUCCAUGCUCUAAACCAAACUGGUUGGACUGAAGCUGAUAACAUUAUCACUGCAUGGUUAAAUGGUUCUCUAUCUCCAGUACAGCCAUCGACCUCUACCACUUCCCCAUCCUCCUCUACCACCUCCACUACCUCCACCAACCCUGUUCCAUCCUCAACCAACUCUGUUCCAUCUUCCUCUACCACCACCCCUGCUCCAUCUUCCUCUACCACCACCCCUGCUCCAUCAUCCUCUGUAUCAUCCCCCACCAACUCUGUUCAAUCUUCCUCUAACACCUCCAUCUCCACACCUCCAUCAUCCACAACCUCCACCAACCCUGUUCCAUCCUCAACCAACUCUGUUCCAUCAUCCUCUACCGCCACCCCUGCCCCAUCAUCCUAUGCUCCAACAGUGGUAGGAGGAAAAUCCCCAGACUCAUUGGUUCAACAAAAGGCUGACCCCAGCAGUGUUGUUGAAGCCUCAAAACAAAAAAAGAAAAAAGAGAAAAAACAACAAGUAAAGAUCAACUAUAACAAGCAACUUUGGGGAUACCUCAAGUUUGAAUUUUUUGGGCAACAACAAAGAUGGGCUGAUGCAAUGGCCCAACAACAACUAAAGGGUCAUAUUGGAGAGCUUGUAAAAAAGGAUGGUACUAUCACCAUUUCAGGAGAACAUUGUAAAGAGAUUAAAAAGAUUGUUCAAGACCAUAUCAAUACCAUUCGCUCUGAAUGUGUUGAAAUCAAACUUCCAUUCUCAUCCGAUCUUUAUCGCGAACAUAUUAUAACUCAAGCUAGAUUCCACAAGCUUCAUGUUUGUUGGAAUAGUUUUGAUAAUCCACAUUGGAAAGGUGGAGAUUAUAUUUAUACUCAACAACAAAAUGAUAAAAAGAAAUCAGAUAAUUUUGUUCAAAGUCCAAUCAAAGAGGAACAACCAAAAGAUAAACUUGAUUUUUAUAUCACAAGUACCAAUCCAAAAGAUAUUCAAGCUAUGGUUCAAUACCUCCAUUAUCUUUCACAAUGUAAAACUACAGUACCUCUAAACGAAGAUGAAAAGGGACCUGUCUUUACAGAAUUUAAAAGUGACAAACAAGUUUACUUUCUGACUAGAACCAAUGCUGCAAUCAUCAUUGAAGCAGUCAAUCAAACGGCACUAGCCGAAAUGGAAUCCAAAAUUAAAAAUUUUAUAUUAAAGAUUAAAACUGUAAUGAAAGAAUAUAAAUUGGAACCAUUUGAAGCAGACUAUUUAAGUCAAAAGAAAAUAUUUGAAGAUAUUCAAAUUAAAUAUCCAAGUAUUAGAAUGGAGCGUAUUGCAUCUGUGAUAGACUCUGCGUCGACUGUAUCCAUUCAAGGGACCUCUGAAAAGCGUAUUGCUGAUAAUCAAGACUCGACUGUACAAGUAUUACUCCACUACAAAAAGUUUGAAGAGUUUAAAAUCAAUUUCAAGACACUGGUUGCCUAUGGAAACAAAGAUGAUGCUACCAAUCUUGCACAAGAAAUCAAGUCUUAUAGUGACGCACUUGUUCAGAUUGAAUCAAGACCAGACAAUAUCAAGCAAUUGACUAGAAUGUUGAUCAUUGACAAGACAGGUUUAAAAGAACAAAUUGAACAAGAUUUCAAUGCCAACAUUAUCAGUGACGUCGACGUAAUUAGAAUCACUGCCGAGUCAAUUGAAGAUGCCAAGUCUGUUGAAAAACAACUUCAAGACUUACUUUUAAAUCAACCCAAGGAUACAAAACGUAUUGAAUUUAAAUGUAUUAUUUAUAAAUUAAUGGUAGCAUCAAGAAUUGUGUUUAGAGAAAGAGAUGUUUCAGUCAAGUUUAAUAAUAAUGAUUAUACAGCUACGGUGAUGGGAGAGCCCAAAGGUGUGGCCAAGGUGUAUCAAAGUAUAUUGGAUGAAAAGAAAAAGAUUGAAGCUUCAAUGAUAUCAGAAUCAAUCACAAUCGAUCAAAACGAACAUGAUAUUCUCUUUGAUACCACUCAAAGACACAACUCUAAUUUACAAAAGAAAUGUGAAGUAUCUAUUGAACUUGUUGACACCGACACCAUUACCAACCCCCAACAACAACAAGUCCGUGAAGCACCGAUGAGUUUGACACUGUCAAACAAAAGAACACUUGUAAUCAAAUACGGACAAAUUGAAAAAGAGCAAGUAGAUGCUAUUGUCAACCCUGCCAACUCUGAUCUUCAACAUGGUGGCGGUGCUGCAGCAUCAAUCGCAAAGGCUGCAGGUCCAGACCUAGAAUCUUAUUGUAACAAAUACGUCAGUCGCCAUGGUCUGGUGCGGGUUGGAUCAUCAAUCCUUACCUCGCCAUACAAUAUCCCCACAUGUAAACAUAUCAUCCAUUGUGUAGGUCCAAACCUAUCAAUUCCAAGUGAAGCAGCCAAAAAAGAGUUGUUGCUAAAGAAUACCAUACAUUCAGCCCUUCACCUAGCAGAGAUGCAUAGGGUCGAAUCUGUUGCAUUACCAGCCAUUAGCUCAGGUAUCUUUGGAUACAAUAUCAAAGAUUCUGCACCAAUAAUGAUUGCAAUCGCAAUCGAAUUCCUUGAAGGCUCGGCCAAAAAUCUCAAAGAGAUUAGAUUUGUUGAUAUCAACAACGACACUCUCUCUACUCUAAAAAGUGCACUAGAUGCACAUCAAAAGCCAAAACCAGUUUUUGGUAGCCCGACUCAAAUCAAGUCAAUAUCAAGGGAGAGCAUUGAUUAUACUGUAAAUAACGUGGUUGCUCAAACCCCUCUUCUAUACACUUGGAAAUGGCAAGAAAACAAUGGAGAGAUGAUGCCAUACGAUAGAGAUCAAGCAGAACAAAUCGAAGCAGCUUAUAAUGCAAGAAAACCAUCUCUCGAGGUUAUUGGUGAUCUGCAUGGUAUUAAGAAUGGAACAAACUAUUAUGUACGAUUCCCAGAUUAUAAUAAGCCUACUUCAUGGUAUCAAGUUAGAACCAAAGAUCCUUACACCCAUCGUCUUGUAACUAGAACACAAUUAUCUAAUCCUUCUACUACAACAACAACAACAACAACAACUACAACUGACAAUAGAUAUUUCCCACAACAAAUCAAUCAACAAAACAUUAAUAAUAAUAAUAAUAAUAAUAAUAAUAAUAAUAAUUCAACAACUAAAUUGUUGAAAAUUAAGGUUAUUGGUAAAUUGGAAUCAAUCAAGAUGUUUAAAGAGGAAUUUAAAAAGAUUAUUUUGGAGAAUAGAAAGAGCAUCAAAGUGGACAAGAACUUGGGAGCUGAUGAUGAAAUGAUGAUUAUGAGUACUGCCAAAGAUUUGGGUGUGAUCAUGAAAAAGGUAGAGGUCAUCAAUGGUGGUAGCACUGGUGGAUACACAUUGGAAGGUCUACAAAACAAGGUAUCUGAAAUCCAAAUCCUCAUUCUAGAACAUUCAACUCAAUCACAAGCCAUGCAAUACCCCCCUCUAUGGAACAAAGAUCAUAAAAAGUGUUAUACCAAUUUAUCAAGAGGAACGGAAUGGGAUAGAAUCCAAAAAAGAAUGAAUCUAACAAUGCCAAACACUACCAUUACAAACAUUCAAUUUAUUCAAAAUGAAGAAGUUUUUAUCAAGUUUUAUCAAAGACAAGAAUUAUUAAAAUUAAAAAAUGUAUCACCUAAUGAACUUGAACUAUUCCAUGGAACUAGAACUACAGAUCCAUCAAUGAUAUGUCAUAGUAGCGAUGGAUUUGAUUUUAGAUUCUCAAAUGACCAAUGUAUGUGGGGAAAUGGAAACUAUUUUGCUGUCAAUGCUUCCUAUUCUCACAACUACUCAUUUGCCAAAGCAAACCAAAGACAAUUUAUUCUUGCCUUGGUGUUGACCGGUAAUUCGCUCCCAUGUGCCGCAGAACGACUCAGAAUCCCACCAUACCUACCAAACUCGCAAAACGAGAGAUACGAUACUGUAUCUGGUCAUACAAACGGAAGUACUGUCUAUAUCUCUUAUGAUAAUGCAUUAUCAUAUCCAUAUUAUCUAAUCACUUAUCAAUAA